AAACUAUUAAGUAGUUUUUUAAAAUAAGGGUUAAAAAAAAAAUUGAUAAAAUUAAGAUUAGAAGUCGGAGAAAUAUCCAUCAAUCAAGUGACGAUAUUUGUUGGAGAGAAGUUGUGAUUCGAAUUUGGAACUCAGAAACUGACCAAACAUGUCAUUCAGUUCAUGCGUUAAGCCAUUCCCACAAUUGUACUUGUACCCAUCAUGCUUCCACUCCCACGUUUCUGGAACAACAACAUCCUCGUCACUCUCUCUACCACCUCGUUCAUCUCUUGUUCUCAAACAAAACACAAUUUUCCAUUCCGAACCGAAACUUCAACUCAAACGCGCUUCCACCACAAUUCGAUGUUCUGCGUUGACUCCUGAAUUGAAGACCACAUUGGAUAAAGUUGUUACUACAAACAAAAUAGUUUUGUUUAUGAAGGGUACUAAGGAUUUUCCACAGUGUGGAUUCUCAAAUACUGUGGUGCAAAUUUUGAAGUCUUUGAAUGCUCAAUUUGAGACUGUAAAUAUACUGGACAAUGAUUUGGUGCGUCAGGGACUCAAGGAAUAUUCCAAUUGGCCUACCUUUCCUCAACUAUACAUUGAUGGAGAGUUUUUUGGUGGAUGUGAUAUCACUGUUGAGGCAUAUAAGAACGGGGAAUUGCAGGAACUUGUGGAGAAGGCAAUGUGCUCGUGAAGCUUCAUUUGCUCACGAGCAGAUGGAAGCGAUGAGUUAGGGACGUGGACUUCCCAACUUAGUAAUCCUCUGCAAGUUAUACAUUAGCUUGGGGAUAAUGGAUCAAAUAUAUUUGUUUGAUACGUUUUGUGUUCACCAAUGUAUUAUGAGUACUACAUUGCAAUUAUCUUGGCAUUUGAAUACAAAGUAGAAUAUAUCUUUGAAUGGACAA